AUGAAGGUCUUCGCUGUCGCCCUCGCUCUGUUCGCCGCCGUCAGCGUGGCAUCGUCGGCCGACGAGCGCGCCGCCGAUCUGGUGACCGGAAGCCAGCUCGAGCGCCGCGGCUGUGGCCCGCAUUGCGGAUGCGACAACGGGCAGUGCAACUGCGCUGUCUGCGACGAUUUCGGCUGCAACCGCGCCUCUCUUUCUCAGUCGCCUACUCCCGAGCUUCACAUCGACAUAGGACAUACGACUGGAAUAUGA